AUGCCGCCAGCAAAGAAGAAGGACACCAAGAGUGAGAGGGGGCAGCAAAAGGCCUUAGAGAGGGAAAAACAAAAGAUAAUCGAAGAUAAAACCUUUGGAUUAAAAAAUAAAAACAAAUCCAAGGCCGUCCAAAAAUUUAUAAAGUCUGUGCAGCAGUCUGCUAAAGGACCACAGAAGGGAGGGGAGUCACAAGAAAUAUUAAAGAAGAAACAGGAGCAGCAGGCAAAGAAAGCAGCGCUGCAGCAGCAAAUGCUGCUGCAAGCACUCUUUAAAGGGACUGAGAACGUAAAGAAGGUAGCAAGCGAAGCAGCAGCGGCAUCGUACGAUCCCAAGGAAUCGAAGCAGGAGCAGAAGAUUGAUUUAUACAUUGAUCAGCGCGAACAAACGGGUAAAGGUGUUUGGACUGGUAGUGUCGGAGAAGGAGAAGGAGAAACACAAAUUGUUUGUAAAUUCUUCUUAGAGGCUGUAGAGAAAAAACAAUACGGAUGGUUUUGGGUUUGUCCUAAUGGAGGGGAUAAUUGCAAAUACAGACAUUGUCUACCUCAAGGGUACGUAUUGAAGGGGGAAGAAGAAGCGCCUGCAGGGGACGAAGAAGAAGAAACAAUCGAAGAAAGAGUAGAGAGAGAGAGGCGCGCAUUGCCUCCCGGUGGUACUCGCGUGACGCCCGAGACAUUUGCUGCAUGGAAGGCGAAGAGGGUAGAGAAGAAGAAAGCAGCAACAGAGGAGAAGAAGAAGGCUGUUGCUGCUGCUGCAGCAAAACAUCAUCUAUCAGGAAGAGAUCUAUUCUCCUUUAAUCCUGAUAUCUUUGUUGACUGCGAAGGAGCAGCAGACGAAGAAGAUUAUCAGCAUGAAGAGGAAGAGGAAGAAGAAGAAUCAGAAGAAAGCCAACAAUCUCCCGCUUCUGAUGCUGCUGCUGCUGCAACAAAUGGCGUUAGCAGCAACAGCAGCAAAAAUGAAAAUGAAGAAGACGGAGACAAAAGAGAAGCAGAGGAUUUCUCUAAGUCCUCGAUUGAUCAAAAGGGGGCACAGCCAAUUAGGACGCAACUCUUCCUUGAUGAUUUAGCACCCGAAGACUUAGACGACCUCGACGACUAA